CAUGCACACACUUGUCCGCCAUACUAUUUUCAGGUUGGCUAGUCUACCUGUGUCAUUUACUUCUGUCGUUGCUUCUAACAACCACUAACUGAGCUUUUAGGCUACACAUCUCCUUCCAAGUGCCAAAUCUAAAAUGAAGGACAGUACUACAGAGGACAUUCAGAAGAUUUUUGAAGAAGCACCAGCGGCCAGGAAGGCUCUUCUUGACAAUCACAGCAAUCUCUACAAGGUGGCCGACUACUGUGAGAACAACUACCUAAAUGUGGAAGACUCUAGAGGAGCAGUGGAGAAGUCCAAAGCCCUCACUACCCAGGCCCUUGCCAGCAUCGCCUACCAAAUCAAUACACUGGCCUCGAGUGUGUUAAGACUACUGGAUGCUCAGACCAUUCAGCUCAAACAGAUGGAAUCCUCAGUCAACAUCCUGACUAUGACAGUGGACAUAUACAAGGAGAAAGUAGCACGGCAGGAAAUUGGGGUGCUGACCACAUCAAACAAAAUAACCUAUGUUCAGAAGAUGGCUCCUCCAGCAGCUGUCGAAGAACCCAUCGAGUAUGAACGUGUCCCAAUAUCCUACUCCAGCCUGGACUCGCUAGGACACGGAUGCUGGGAUGGCUCCAAAGCUGCACAGAAGAAGCCUGAAACAGAUACACCUACCCCACAGCCAAACCCCCAGGACGGAGCACACGUACACGGGUCUAGCUCAGGCAUUGCCGUUCCUCCUCCCUCAGUCCCUAACUGGGUAGGCUUUACAUCCACGGUUCCUCAAUCAAGUGCCACUCCUCAGCCUCCUUCCUCAGCCACAGCCAUCUCCUCCCUGCCCCAACCUCAAACUUUCUCUUCAGGUGCUGCACCACCACCUGCUGUACCUGCCCUAAGCAGUGAUAUUGGAGCCCUUCCGCCACCACCAACUCCUUCUCCACUACGUAAUUCGGUAGUUGCUCCUCCACUACCACCUCCUUCUCCAUCUUGCCCAGCUUUCAGAGACUCCUUUUUGCCACCACCCCCAACUCCCCAGUCUGAGUUCAUGGCUCCUCUCCCACCUCCUCCUCCUCCAUCUCCUUUUCAGAGCAAUUCCAUGAUUGCUCCUCCACCGCCUCCUCCUCCACCUUCAGGCUGUACUUUUGGAGACUCAUCAUUGCUGCCUCCACCACCUCCGCCCCCACAAAAUGCCUCCAUGGCUCCACCUCCUCCCUCUCCUCUUCCUAGUGCCUUAAGAGGUCAUGUUCCUCGACCUCCUCCACCACCUCGCUCUAACACUGGUGUAGGAGGUCCACCCCCACCACCUCCUGCUCCUCCUACACCUAGCUCAGCAUUUAGAGACUCAUCAUUGCCUCUACCACCACCACCACCACCACCACCUUCUCAGAACAGUUCUGUGUUUCCACAGCCACCUCCACCACCACCACCAGCGCCUCCUUAUAACACUUCUACCAUUCCACAACCACCUCCUCCACCACCACCACCCGGAAAAGGUCAUAUUCCUCCUCCUCCUCCACCACCACCACCACCAUUUUAAAUGUCGAAAGUGGACUUUUGUAAGAUAUCGGUAUGAAAAUCCACGCUCUGUCCACAAAUGCAGUCUUUCCUAGCAACUGUUACCAGGUUUGACAGGAUUUACAGAAUGUAUGAAUCAUAUGAAUGUAUGAAUCAUAAGUUAUGGCAUGUAAUUUUAUUAAUUAUUAGAGAAAAAGUCCUGAACUUGCUAACCCAAACGGAUAACUAGUAUGCAAAGUAGUUACCACACAAAAUAGCCUAUAUGUAAAUAGAGUGAAACUGGCUAUUUCUAAAAUAGUAGACCUAACUUAUUUGGUAAUCAUGCUUAAUACAGAUCUCCAAUCAAAAUCUAAAUGACUGUAAAUCUGUAUGUAGUUGAAAUUGCUGUAGAAAUGUUACACUUCUGCCAUACCAGUCAUGAGCUCUCCUGUCACUUUUCAUUGUCAUAACCACACAAACUCGUCGUUGCUCUUCAAAAUCUUUAGUGUGAUGGUAAUGACAGCAGAAUUGGAAACGGCAGAACUUUAUUAUA